AUGAGCAUAUCCCAGCACCUACCCGCGGGCAUCUCCGAUCCAUACAAGCCCGCUGCUCUACCGCCAGCCUCGACCACGGACGGGAGCCUGGGAUCGACAACGGUUCAAGGAACGGGCUUCCAUAAUGAGACACCCAUGACCUCUCCGCAGGGUUCUUCGUUCUCUCCAUCAGAUCAAACCCAUCACACAACCUUCGCAGGAGACUUUGGUCAGACCCAUCUACCGUCGGGAUGGAACGUUGAAUCCAAAUCAUUGAACAAUACCCAAGGACGCUAUACACCUUCCGAGCAAGGGCAGCACACGUCUGCCGACCUCCACCCUUACACCACUGCCGCUGACCCUCCCACCCAGGAACAUACAAAUAUGCCCACUGGGACGAGCAGGAGUAUUACAUCGUCGAUGACAUCCAUGUCGACGAUGUCCGCGUCAACAAUAUCCACGCCAACGGCAGCCACUUCGACGAUAGCCAAUGUUGAUAUGGCGCAGCUGGCUCAGAUAGACAUCGGUCAAUCUUCUAUGGAAGUCCAUAAGCAGAAUAUAGCCGUGCUCUUUGGAACGAUCCUCUCGGGAGCUGCCGCCUUCUGUGGCAUCGUUUUUUGCACAGGUGGUGCUACCGCAAAUUCCAGCGACCUAGAAGAGACAGAGUUGACAGGAAGAAAGCAAGAAUGCUGCCUGAUCACUCCCCGCACGAUAACGAGCUAA